GAUUUGCCUACAUACACACAUAUCAACAAAGUGAAGGCAAGCAUACCUAACGUGUAAAUAACCUUGGCAAACGAGGUAAUAGGAAAAUGAAUAAUAAUAAAUAUCAUUAUCAUAAAUUUAUGAGCUCGUUAGUUGGUGAGCAAGUGUGGAACUGAAAAUCGACAAAAUUAUACGCCGCAAAUCGAUCCACGACGUGAUGCUAAGUUUGGGAAAUUAAUGAAGAGAAUCAUAUUGAUGAUUACUAUUAAUGAUAAAAUAACAAUUAAUAUGAUGGAUCUGUAUCGAUAAUUCUUAGUCGAAUAGAAUAGAUGAAGUUAUCAGUGUUAUUUUCCCAUUCUAUCUGUUCAUAUCUGUCAUUUUUGUUUUCUGGAUCAAACACUGAAUAUUCUUCUCAAAAGGAUAUACAUUCUCAUCUUAUACACUUUUGAUUUAAUGUUAUCAGUACAUUAUGAAUGGAUUAAAGAAUAUUAUGUUAAAAAAGUAGAUUGUAUUAAAGAAGUAUGUUGGACUGAAUCAAAAUCUCAAUCGAACCAACCAUAUUUUUAUUAUUGAAGAUAAAUAUCUAUUAUUUUUGUGAUUAUGUCCAGUCAACGUUCUCAACUGCUUAUCUCAAGUCAAUCAUUAACCACAAUGGAUACAAAUACAAAUGUGACUAACUCACCACUGGCUUCAGUUAAUCCUACAGCAGUACCUUGUGGUCAAUGUCUUAUAACAAGUACACAAAAUAUUUUAAGUGGACAACAAAAUCAAUCAAGUGGACAUAGACCACAAUUAAGUCAUAAUAUAGCAGGUAUGCAAAAAUCAAUGCAUACAGUUGUACACGCAGCUGGUGUACCGGCUGUUAUGGAAACUUAUGUACAUGGUAAUCGUGGACUGAUCGCUCACUAUCCAUUAGGAACAAAUACAUUACAUGAAAUACAAACACUUCCACGAGUUGUCGAACAAGUUAAUGCUACUACUGGUUCUGGUACUGUUCAACAAUCACAAUUUGGAGCUAAUUAUCGUCCUAUAUUGAUUGCAAAUACAUCGAUAAAGGGUCAUAAUGCACCUGGAAGUAAUAGUUUACCAAAUAAUCAAACAUAUCAAAUGAUUGCUUAUCCUCGUCAAGCUUUAAAUAUAGUACAAGCACAUGGGAAAAAUUCACAUGCCGUACCUAUUGGUACCAUUAAUACUACAACUGGUGCUACAAACAGUGGCAAUGCUCAUAAUAAUUUGAUGUUAGCUAGUGUAAUUACACCGGAAUGCUUAACAACUGAUUCUAGCAAUAAUGCAGCUCGUAUUGCACAACUUUUAGCUCCUUCUGGAACACAUCCUACUAUGGCUAACGCAGCACAUAUUGGUGGUAAUGCUCAAUUUCUUGUCUAUUAUCCACAACAAUCAAAUACUGGCAUUAAAGUUCAUGCAAUUGGAUCACCACUGACACUUCCAACGACGGCUACUCCAACAACAACCAUUGUUCAUUCAACACAAGUACCUUCAACAAUUAAUGUUGCCAUUGGUUCAGUUACAAGCGGUAUUUCCACUAGUGGGAUUCACUAUACAUCUGUUUCUGGUAAUCAUGUAACAUUAAAUUCAUCAAAGCUAAAUUCAUCAACAAUUGUACAAAAUGAAGAUUCGACUAAUAUCACUGCUACUACUACUAAUAUUAGCAGCAGUACUAACCAACCACAACAACCGUAUACAAUUUAUUAUGCUUUACCAACAAAUGAUUUACUACGUCAACUUAAAUUAAAUCAUCAAGCUAUUCAAAUUGAUCCGAAUAUAUCAUCAAGACCACAACUUAUUCAAACACCAGCUGGUUUAAUGUUUGUUCAAUAUCCUUCACAAUAUCAACAAUGUUCAACAGGUAGCUCAUCACCAAGUAAACUCAAUACUGGAUCACAACAACAACAGCAACAUCAACAAAUACAAAAUGAUAAUACAUUACCACGUAAUAUAAUGACAUCAACUAAGCAUAAUAUACAACAAAUAGGUGUAGUUAAUACUGGAGUACCUGUUAAUGCUUCAAUUGCUGGUACUCAUGUUGAUUCAAAUACAUUAACACGUCAUACACGUGUUGAACAUGUACAAGGUUCCGGAUUAAUUUGCACUUGUCCACCUGAAGUUCAUCAAGCUAUAUUUGAACAACAAAAGAAACGUCAACAAAAUCAACCAUCAACAAUAAUACUGACUGGUUUAUCACCGUUGAAUAAAAUCAGUACAAUUGCAACAACCACUGGCACUAUUACUUCAACAAUGGCUAAUAACAAUAAUGGCAAUGUUAAUAGUACAAUAUUUGAAGUUUCAGAAAUGGUACCAGGUAUUGUGACACGUAACUCGCCGAAUGUAACACUUGCCAAAGAAAAUGGUUUAUUAACAAGAAGUUGUACGGACAAAUUCUCUGAAGAUGAAUUAAACAAUCGAAAAAAGAAUCUUCAACAUUGUCAUCUGACUAAUUGUACAUCUGGUACACCAAAUACAACAACAGAUACAUUGAGAAAAACUAUACAAUCACAAACUGUUGAUCAUAAUAGCACAAUUAAUCAUCAUUUGUCAGAUGAAUUAACUGAGAAAGAAGCUCAUGUGAAUUAUCUAGUUACUUUAUUUCAAGCAUUAAAAAGUUCUGGUGUACAAGCGGAUGCUUUUAGAGAAGCAUUUGAACGUAUUGAUUUACCAGUAACUAAUUCAAAAUUAUCUCCGAAUACAAUAAAUCUAAGUGAUAAAAAACUAAGUUCAUUAAAGACAAAACUUUAUCAAAUUGAAGAAAUGCGCAAAUCAAUAAAAUCGUUUUAUCAAAUAUUCAAUGAAUUCAAUCGAAAAUUUACAUUGGAUUUGAAUAAUUGUAAUAAAAUUGUUACAAAGUUAUCCAAUCAACAAACAUCAGUCUAUCAUACUAUUCUUGAUCCACAAUUAGAAAUUAUUCAAAAUGAACGAAGAAAUUUAGAUAGAUCAUUACAAGAAAUGUAUAAAAUUAAUACUAUUUUAAGUGAACAAUUACAUGAUCUUGAAUGUGUUAUUGAACAAACUGGUAAUGAUGUAUUACAACAUCGUUGUCGUAUUAAUUUACCAUAUGUACAAACAUUAGAGAAUAGAUUGGAUUCAAUUAAUUCAACUGUUAGUUUGGCAUGUGGUCAUUACCCAGAAAUUCAACAAAUAUUGAAUAAUCGUGAAGAAAUGGAAGUAAAAGCUAUUGAAAUUCAGAAAAGUGUCCUUGAUGACCAGUUAUAUCAAUUGAAGGAUGUCAACGAAAAAUGUAAACGUAUUAAAGGCACAAUAUUAACUUUAAAACGGCUUGCAAUUGUAAAUAUACAAAAUCGACAACGCUCGAAUUCCCCCAGACGUUUUACUCAUCUUGGUGGUUUUGUCAAUCGAGCGGCUGCUGAUCGAGGAAGUAUUGAACGCAGUCGGUUAUAUGCUGCUGUACAAAAUAUUCAACCAGAUUCAGAGAAACGACUACAAGCAAUCAGAAAGCAAGAAAUGCUGGCUAUUCAAAAAAGACGAGUUUUCUCAAAUGAUAAUCUUCCCACGAAUAUGAUGGUAUUUACAGCGCUUGAAGGACAAAAAUCUUCACAAAAUAAAAAUAUUAUACCACCAGUUUUAGAAUCAGAUAAAAGUUCAAUACCACAAAAAGAAUUUAAAACAUCAUCAAUGAUAACUACAUCCACUGUUACAAUUGAUAAUAAAGAUGAAAAACGUGCACCAUUAGCUGCUUACUCAGAUGAUUCAAUUAGUUCUACAAAUACUACAAGUACAAUAGAUUCAUCAAAUAAUGAAUUGAUUAAAAUACAUCAAUCAUCUAAAGGUUUUAAUCCGGAUACAAUUACUUCAAUGAUGGAUGAAAGUAGUGAUAGUACAUUAGAAAAUGUUCAAUCAACUAUAAUGCCAACAAGUAUUCUUAAAAGUUCUACUUCUAAUCCAUUGCCUAAUUCAAAUUCUCCAAAACAGCGUAAUCGUUUAAGUAGUCGUGGAUCACGUGGUGUUAUGUUUAACACAACAGUUACUGUAGAUGAUGGUUCUGAAGUGGUCCGUUUAAAUUGUACAUUAGAUGAUUCUGAAUUGAGUAAAAAUAAAGUACCACCAACUGAUCGAUCGAAUUCAUCACCAUUAAGUAGACUUGGUGGAAUGUCAGAAAGAUUUUCUCGUUCAAAAUCACCACAUGUUAGUAAAAUUGCUACACCUAAGUCGGGACUAUCAACAGCCACUGUAAAAGGUUCUACAACAUCAAGUAAUAAUUCAUCGGAACCAAUGUUUACUUCACAAGUUAAAGGAGAAACAAAGUCAGACACAAGUUUGAGCAGUUUGGAUUUCCCACAAACAAGUGAAUUUGGUUAUAAUGCACCUACACCACCACCCAGACGAAGCAGUCAGGUUACGACUACAACAGCAAAUACAGAUGAAGACAGUACAUUGAAAUCUACAACUUAUUCCAGUAGACAAGAAAGCGAUAAGAUUGAAACAGUCUCUUCAAUUUCCAAUAAACGACUACUUCCACUUCCUACAAAUGUUGAAGUUAAUGAAAAUGUAAUAAGUCCAUGUGAAUGACAGAUAUUCUUACAUAAUCAUAGUUUAUUGUUCUUUCUUUUCUUUUUUUUUAAAUCAAUGAUUAUCUUCGUGAUCGAAUCAAGUAAUCAAUCCAUCUAAAAUGAUAAAUACGGAGCUUUUUGUGUUUCGAGCCAACUAUUGAUAAAUCAAUGCUCAAUAAUUAUUUCAUUACACAUUAUGUACAACUAACAUUUGAAAAGAAAAGUUUCUAUCUUGUUUCCUUCUUUUUAGUGAUUGUUCAGUACAGUUUUUUUGGUGUCUUUUUUUUUUUAAUAAUUUUUAUUCAUUCUCAUCAUUUUAUUUCCCGAUUCCUCUCUGUCUGUCUGUUUCUCUCUUUGAACUUAACUUUUUACUUGUACUCCUACCUCGCAAAGUGAAUACUGUGCAAAAUGAACAGCAACACACACACACACACAAAAAAAGACGAAACACCAUCAAGACUGAUGUGAAAUAGGAGUUGUGAUAUAAGUAUAUUAUUAAAGUAUCAGUAUAACUGUUUAAUUUCAAAUGAACUAUACUUCAUAAUAUGAUCUUUAAAGUAUUCUUACUACAGAAUACAUAUUAUUCAUUAUGAAAUAAAGAUCUCAAUAUAAGUUAUACUAGUCUCGGUUUAUUGUUUCUUAUGUUUUCUCAUUGUGUUUGCUUCUCUAUCUGUUUAUUUGUUUUGUUUUUAUCAUGAAUCAAUUCAGAUGUUCCUUUUUUGGUUGGUUGGUUGUUUGUCUAAUCCAUUUCUAUUACAAUUUUUAUACAUUUACUGCUGAUUUCUUAUUAACAUUUUCUUUAAAAAAUCGCCCCACCCCCCUUGUUUCUUAUUAUGAGGAUAAUGAUUAACUAAUAAUCUUAUGUGAUCAUAUGUUUGGAUUGAUUUUCUAAAUGUAUAACCGAAUAUGUAUCUAUGGGGUGGAUGGAAUUGAUUAAAUAACAAACUGUUCCAUCAUUUUUUCUCUCCAUUACUUUAAAUGAGUAUUGUAAGAUUUCAGUAAGUAUUUUUGUCCAAUUUCUUCUGUUUGUUUGAUGUAUUUGGUUUGUUUGUUUUUCUUUUGAUUAUUCUAGUGUAUUUAUUUCGUGUACAUGUCAAUAAUUAUGAUGAUAGGAUAAAAUUAAGAUUUUGGAAACUAAA